AUGGCAUCAAUCAACAGUAAUACAAAUUCAUCAAGAAAACGCAAUAUAUCUUUUAGUCAUUUUCUUGCAACACAAAAUUUAUCAAUAUUUCGUAGUAAAUCUCCGAUAAUUGAUUGUUCAAUUCAGAUCUCUGACCCAUCUGAAUUUAAUAAAACCCAGCUUAAUAGCAAAAUUGAACAACCAUCAAUACCAAUAUGUAUAAAUCGUACUUGGUUAAAAAAUCGUUUACCACGACCACUUUCACUUGAUCUUGAUGUUGUAAACAAUCAUGAGUAUCUUAUCGAACAACAAUCAUCAAAAAAGCAAACUGGUAUUAAUAUUUCCUUCUUUUUUUUAUUAAUCUAUAUCGUAUAG